AUGGCCUCAUACUACCACUACAAUGCGCAAACGGCGCACGCCGCCCCCAUGUCGCACAACCACCACCACCACGGCGGCGGCGGUCGCAACCGCCGUGCGCCUCGGCUCUCCGUCUCCCAGAACGCGCACAGGCAGUUCCGCGGCGCUCGCAGCAUGAAGGACCUCAACGAGUCGGCUGCCCUGUCCGCGUUCCGCAUGAAGUUCGAGGCCGGCCGCUCCUUCGAGCUCGAGGACGACCUUGAGUUCUGCCCCAACCUGUUGACCGAGACCGACCUGGUUUCCAUCUCCAGCGCCUCGGAACGCUCGUCGCUCGCGAGCAACUCGCCCGAGUCCUCGCCCACGCAGCAGCCCCAGACGGUUGCUCCGGGAUUCUCUCUCAACUCGUCCUCCCCCGCCUUCAUCCCUCCCAGCUUCCACAGCCAGCAGUCGAGCAUCAAGCUCCACCAGCCCUCGGCCACGCGCGGCCGCAACGCCAUCCCCAUCAUCAACCCUGCGACUGGCAUCUCCAUGUCCAGCCCGCCGCCCUCGGUGUCGCCCGCCGGCAUGCAGACGCCGCUCGGCCGUCGGUGGUAA